AUGACCAAUGCUAAUAUAAAACGUGUUCUCCUACUUGCUCCAUUGAGUCCAGGUAGUGGCAAUGCUGCGACAGCUUUUCGUCUCACAGAUGGUCUACGUCAUUCAUCCCAAAUCUUUGUUGAUUGUAUAUCGGUUGAUACGCCACGCAUAGAAUCUGAUUCAUUGUUAGACUCGAUUCGUCAAUAUGAUGCUGUUCUAGCAUUACAUGCUUAUCGCGCUGGUCGCUUAUUGACAUCGAUCUACCAAAAUAAUUCUGAUCUUCCACCACUUAUCCUUAUUUUUGCCGGAACUGAUUUACAUUCAUGUGAACCUGAAUGGUUACCAACUAUCGAACAAAUUGUCCCGAAAGCUCGUGGACUGGUUUGUUUUAGUUUUGAAUGGAAAAAGUAUGCAGAAAAUAUUUAUAAAAAUUUACUCACUUGUUGUAUUACCGUCAUUCCACAAAGUGUUCAAAUGUCACCAUCGAUCUCCGAACGAUUGCCACCAUCAACAUCAUUUUCAUCCUUACCAAAGACAAUCAUUUGGGCAGGUGGAAUUCGAGAGGUAAAAGAUCCACUUCUUGCUAUUCGUAUUAUGUCUCAUUUACCUGAUCACGAAUUUCAAUUAAUUAUUGUCGGUUAUGAAGCAGACCCUUCUCUUGUUAACGUUAUUCAUUCUUCAUGUUUAGGUUCAAAUAUAACUCUAAUCGGUGGUCAAUCUACAGACUAUGUACAUGAACUUAUGUGCUCCGCAUUCGCGUGUCUAAAUACUUCUAUUAACGAAGGCAUGUGUUUGGUCAUUCUCGAAGCCAUGGCACUGAGACUUCCGGUUGUUGCUCGACGAAAUAUCGGAAAUAUCAGCAUUAUUCGAGAUGGUCAAACUGGAUUACUAUACGAAACAGCAGAGCAAGCAGCUGAAUGUCUAUUACAACUAGCGAUGGACACGAAAUUACGAGAGACCGUCAUUCAACAAGCAGCUGAGCAAGUAAAGACAUUCCACAAUCCUGAAUCGGAAAGUACAGCGUAUCAAAAUCUUAUCCUUAGUUUAAUUAAAUAA